AGGUUUGCAUUCCACGCCAGUAGAUUCGACAAACAUUCUGCUCUGGUUUUGUCAACCGAUGUCUCACCGCGCCGAAGACAGCCGCUGACUGCCAAAGAAUCUGCAGUAUAGCCUCGAUUUCAAUGUAACCAAGAUGGCGGUGUGGCUUCGUCAAAGUUUUACCAAUGUUAGUGCAGUUGGUGGUAGUAUAUUAUACAGUUUUCAUGGAUUAAUUCCAUCAGCUACCCUUCCGAAUCUAUUGACAAGAUCAUUUAAGACCUCAACACCUUUGGAAAAAUUUUAUCUGAAACAUCAUUACCUGAAGAAAUGGGGAAGAAGAGAUAUGAAGCGGAGAGCACUGUAUGAGCAACAUGAAAUGGAACGAAGCAACUUGAGAUAUGUAAAGAAAAAUGACAUAUUACCUUCUGCUGUACGAAAGAAAGCUGCUGAGGAUUUGGAAAACCUUCCAAGAGACAGCUCGAUCACGCGUGUGCGUAAUCGUUGUGUUUUGACUGACAGGGGGCGAGGUCUUGUGGGAAGAUACCGUAUUUCAAGAAUUAUGUUCCGCCAUUAUGCCGACAAAGGUUUGAUUGCAGGGAUGCAGAAGUCGACGUGGUAAAAGUCAGUGACGAAUGUAUACUGUACAAAUGUGUGAAACUCUAAUUGACUUAGUUUGAUCUUCAAAAGAGUUUUGGUUACAACAGGGCUUGAAAAAAGUGUCGUCCGGUCAUCCGGGGCAAGCAGAUUCUCCUUCUGGGCAAGUAACUUUUCACUCUCACUUACCCAAUGGGCAAGGGAUCAGGCAUUUUGUCUGCCAACUAAAUCAUUAAAAGAGCAAACUAAGGCUUGCCCAGGGCAAGCAAAAUUUUAAAGCUUCUUGUCCCAAGAGCAAGCUGGAAUACAAGUUUUUUUCAAGUCCUGCUACAUAUUGUCUUUUUCAUUGCUACAUAUACACUGGUAUCUCAUUAAUCAGGUUACCAACAGACCACAAAAGUCUGGCUGUGUCAAUGGGGUGGCAGUAUUUAAGGGGUUCUUUAAAUAAAAUAAUGACUGACUAAGCUUUUGUUUGGGCCAGAAUAGAGCGACAGUUAUAACGAGGUGGCCAUAUUAACAAGGUGGUCAUAACUCUGGGUUCCACUGUACUUACCUUUUGAACUCAAACCUCAAACAAACUUCAAAAUAAUAGUAAAGGUCAGCACACAUGAGGAGACUAGUCCCUGCAACCAAUCCCCUGAAGAG